GUGAACGGUAGCUGACAGUGUCGGCUAGAGACUACCUGUGGGAGCUUCCUGCGGGAAUUUGUAGUCUUGCUGAGGAUGAGUUUUAGUACUGUCGAAUUCCUUGCCUUUAUAGUCAUUGUGAUCAAUUGCACUGCACUGAUGGGAGUGGAAAUCACAUAAAAUAGAUGUGGUAGUUGCAGAUACAUAUUUGGGUGUGAGAGAUUUUAGUGCAGAUUUUAGUGCAUUUUAGUGGUUCCAUCCUCAAAGGCAGACGGCCUGGUGUAGGAUCGUUUAGGGCCAAAGUAGUGGGAUGGGGUGGUGAGUUUUGGGGGAUAGUGUGUAUAGGUGCAGGAUUAAAUGGUGCAAUUUAAGAUUUUCCCAUUCUCCUUUUCCCAGUUUUUUUUGUGACCUAAAUGUGAAAUCCGUACCAACCUGCGAUAGGCAGCAAUACGCAAGAAUGUCUUGUCUGCCAAAAAUGUACACACAGAAGGUGUCUCCAAAUAUGUUUAUGUCAACCAAGAUAGACCACAUCUUGUUGUUUCCAAUGGGAGUCAUAGUGGGCAGAGCCAAGCACGCGCUAGUGAUAUCCUAUUGGCGUGUUCUAGCAAACCUGAAUAUUUCCUUUAGGCAACGCCUAGUCGGUGAAGCGCUUGUGCGCAUUAACUCAAUUUGCCUUUGGAUUCCUAAGCAAACGUUGUCCACUCUGUUCAUAACAGAAUGUAGUUUGAGGAACAGAAAACUGUAUUGAGAUAACAUGUUUAAUGAAUGAGAAAAUAUGCCGAAUUUCGGCCAAAACCCAUAUCGUUCCAUCUUCUCCCGCUCUCUGUCAGUGGGCUUUCCUCUCACUACCAUAUUUAUACAUCCAAUGAAAUAUAUGUCGCAUUGUCCUGUCUGUGAUGUCGCAUUUGCUCUGUUGCAGUGGUGGAACAGGAAGUUCCGGGAAGGCGCCAGAAUUGUGUGGUGAAGACGAUAUAUUUAGUGUCCGUUUCACAUGUAUUACAGGUCAAGUCUGAGGGUCCAGAGAUGGCAUCAGUGAAGCUGGAAGACUGCAGUCAAACACUGGAGCUGAAUGUCAACAUUAAAGAUGAAGAAGAAGAGGAGACGAUUGGGAAAUCUGUUUAUGAUGGUCGACUCAGGUCAAGUCUGAGGCCUGUAACAUCACCAGUGAGGACAAUCCCAGCCUGCCUCUCUCCUUCCAAACUGAGUCCAAAUCUACAGUCACUGGGUCCUGAUUGUGACAGUGGAGCCCAGUUUGCACUGCAGGAUCCAGAGAUGGCAUCAGUGAAGCUGGAAGACUGCAGUCAAACACUGGAGCUGAAUGUCAACAUUAAAGAUGAAGAAGAGGAGGAGAAGAUUGGGGAAUCUGUUUAUGAUGGAGACCAUGUUGAGACAUUCUCUACAUCCAGAGAGCAACAGCAGGAAGGUCACAGAGCUAAGAGGUCUCACCACUGCCCACAUUGUGAGGAGAUUUUCCCAAUUCUAUCAAAGCUAAAAAUACACCUAAAAAUGCAAAGAGGAGAGAAUCUGUAUUCCUGCACUGACUGUGAGAAGAGCUUCACAACAUCAAGGGCUCUGACAGUCCAUCAGAGAGAGCACACUGGAGAAAGGUCUUACUCCUGCACUGACUGUGGGAAAUGCUUCAAUAGAUCAUCUAAAUUAACCAUUCAUCAGAGAGUGCACACAGGAGAGAAGCCUUACUCCUGCUCCGAUUGUGGAUCGAGUUUCUCCCAAUAUGGCCACUUAAAAUCACACCAACGUAUACACACCGGAGAGAAGCCAUACUUCUGCGCUGACUGUGGGAAUAGCUUCACAACAUCGAGGGCUCUGACAAUUCAUCAGAGAGUGCACACUGGAGAGAAGCCUUAUUUCUGCGCUGACUGUGGGAAGAGUUUCUCCCGAUUGGACACCUUAAAAAAUCACCAAUUAAUACAUCAAGGACAGAAGCCGUACUCCUGCUCUGACUGUGGGAAAUGCUUCAUUAAAUCAGCUAAAUUAACCAUUCAUCAGAGAGUGCACACUGGAGAGAAGCCUUACACCUGCUCUGACUGUGGAGAGAGUUUCUCCCGAUUGGAUGCCUUAAAAAGUCACCAACUAAUACAUAAAGGACAGAAACCUUACGUCUGCUCUGACUGUGGGAAGAGUUUCUCUCAACUGGGAAACUUAAAAACCCACCAACGUAUACACUCAGGAGAGAAGCCAUUCUCCUGUUCUGACUGUGGGAAGGGAUUCUCAGUAUCGGGCAACCUAAAAACCCACCAACGUAUACAUAAAGGAGAGAAGCCAUUCUCCUGCACUGAUUGUGGGAAGAGUUUCUCCAUGUCAGGCAACUUAAAAACCCACCUACGUAUCCAUAAAGGAGAGAAGCCUUACUCCUGUUCUGACUGUGGGAAAUGCUUCAAAACAUCAGCAGAGGUAAAUGUUCAUUGGAGAACACACACAGGAGAGAAGCCUUACCACUGUGACUGUGGGAAAAGUUUCUCCAGGUUGAAUACCUUAAAAACCCACCAACGUAUACACACAGGCGAAAAGCCAUUCUCCUGCUCUGUCUGUGGGAAGAGUUUCUCUGUAUCAUGCAACCUAAAAACCCACCAACGUAUACACACAGGAGUGAAGCCUUACUCCUGCUCUGACUGUGGGAAGAGUUUCUCCAUAUCGGGCAACCUAAAAACCCACCAUUGUAUACAUAAAGGAGAGAAGCCUUACUCCUGCUCUGCUCGUGGUAAAUGCUGAGGUAAACGUUCAUUGCAGAACACACAGGAGAGAAGCCUUACCACUGUGACUGUGGACAAGAGUUUCUCCAGAUUGUUUACCUUAAAAACACACCAACAUAAAGGAGAGAAGCAUCAUCAGUUCUCUCAGACCAGCGGAGAGUAAAGUCACUCCAUCACUUAAUUCUCAUCUCAUAAAGGAAGUUAAUUUGAUCAAAAGAGGAAAGCAUAGCACACUGUUGUUUCUCACUGUGCAGUGGAAGAGGAGCGUUUUCUACAACGUUAGCCUCUACUUUACUGAUCGGUGGGUUUUGUUAGCUUCUACUGUAGAGAUAUUGAGAUCACCAUGGAUUUGCCCUUAGGGUUGAAUACCCUCUGAGGUGUCUCUCAUUGAAACAAUAAAGUCUGAGGGUUGACUGGCUGGUACUGCUUUCAUCUAAACUUUUCUGUGGUAAUGAGCUGGUAGACAACAUAUAUCAGAUAGAGAUGGUGUGAUGAUCAGUUCUCUGUGGUAAUGAGCUGUUAGACACAACAUGUAUCAGAUAGAGAUGGUGUGAUGAUCAGUUUUCUGUGGGAAUGAGUUAGUAGAUACAACAUGUAUCAGAUAGAGAUCAUCAGUUUUCACCAUAAAUUUGGCUGGAUUAUUUGUUGCUACUAAACGACUACAUGUUUAAUGAUACACAGGCUACUAAACGACAUGUUUAAUGAUACACAGGCUAUGAAACGACAUGUUUAAUGAUACACAGGCUACUAAACAACAUGUUUAAUGAUACAUAGGCUACUAAACGACAUGUUUAAUGAUACACAGGCUACUAAAUGACAACAUGUUUAAUGAUACACAGGCUACUAAAUGACAUGUUUAAUGAUACACAGGCUACUAAACGACUACAUGUUUAAUG